AUGCAACGUAACAUCCAGACUAGACAUUCUCGGGCCCUCCAGGGUCGCGCUUCUGUCCAGGAUGCUAACCCCCCAAAUGAAGGGAGUAGCAUCACUUUUUCUAAUCCUAAAGCCAAAGAUUACCACGUUGAUGGGAAAAAAAUUCCAGAUGUUGACUUUGAUGUCGGCCCCAGCUGGGCAGGUUUAAUGCCAAUUUCCUCCGACAAGAACGAAACAAGGAAACUUUUUUUCUGGUUUUUCCCUGCGAAAGGUCGCAAUAUCAGUGAUCUCGUGUUUUGGACGAAUGGCGGUCCAGGAUGCUCGUCACUUGAAGGAUUCCUGCAAGAAAAUGGCCCGUUUACGUGGGAAACAGGAACGGCGAAACCCAUCCCCAAUCAAUGGUCAUGGACAAACCUCAGCCACGUCCUCUGGGUCGAACAGCCUGUUGGGACUGGAUUUUCUCAAGGCGUUCCCAACAUUCACAACGAAGAUGAACUGGCAGCCCAAUUCGCAGGAUUCUUGGUUCAGUUCCUCGAGAUCUUCAGCGAACUUAAGGGAAAGAACUUUUACCUAUCGGGAGAAUCGUAUGCCGGAAGCUACGUGCCGUACAUCGCAAAUUACCUGUACGAACACCCUAAAUUAGUCCCUCUUAACACAAAAGGGAUUUGGCUCACUGAUCCAGAGGUCUCAUACGACAUCGUAACGGAAUACAUCCCUGCCUACGACUUUCUUAUCCAAUGGAAAGAAGUCUUUGCCCUAAACGCAUCCUUCCUCCAAACACUCAAGGAAAAAUCAGAUUCUUGCGGCUUCACUAACUAUUCGGCGACCUACGCCACAUAUCCUCCACAUCAGGGACCGUUUCCUCUACCUUCGCAAGCAUACAAGCCAGGAACCGUGCCGAAUUACAGCAACAUCACGACUGAAUGCGCGAUAUGGGAUGAUAUUGUCUACGCGGCGCUCAAUGUGAAUCCGAACUUUAAUGUUUAUCGGAUUUUGGAUGUGUGGCCCGUCCUUUGGAGUGUGCUUGGGUUUCCUGCGUCUUACCCUAAUUCCCCUGUUUAUUUUGCCCGAGAGGAUGUCCAGGACGCCAUUCAUGCUCCAAAAAUCGACUGGAACAUAUGCGCCUCAUCCUCAAAGCCGGUGUUUGUUGACGGUCGAGAUGACUCCCCACAGCCUAUGCUGACCACCGUCAUGCCGAAUGUCAUCGAAAAGAGCGAACGGACCGUUGUUAUGCACGGAUUAGUUGAUUUCGUAUUGAUUGCCGAAGGAACGAGGAUCGCCAUCCAAAAUAUGACUUGGGGAGGCUUGCAAGGUUUCCGAACUCCUAUCGCUCCAGAAUCGUUUGUAAUCGAAGGGUUCGGUGCGAUUGGGACCUUGCACCAAGAACGAAUGACGUAUGUGGAAGUUAACCUUGCCGGACAUAUGAUGCCCGCAUUUGCACCCUGGGCCGCCUACAAGACCCUCUGGUACCUUCUCGGAAGGGGAGAGUUAUCAUCGAACGCAAUCGAUGCCUCGCUGUAUCCCAAUAACUAUGAGCUCACCGGAGCGUGGUCCCGCCCGCGUUAG